AUGGAUAUCAAGACCUUGCUGGACAAUCUUCAUGAUGAAGUAUCCUGCUCUGUGUGUAUGUGUACAUUCACUGAUCCAAAGCAGUUGCCUUGUUUGCACAGUUUCUGUCUUCAUUGCCUGAACGGAAUUCAACGAACGAGCGGCAUACAUGGAAAAAUUACAUGCCCCGAGUGUAGGAGACAGUUUCAGAUUUCUGGAAGUGGAAAUCCCAGCGAACUUCCCACCAAUUUUCGAAUAAACAGCCUGCUAGAUGUCUUGGCAAUAAAAGAGUGCAGUACAGUCAACGUGAAAUGCAGAAACUGCGAGAAACGGAGCUCCCAGACCUCGUAUUGUUUCCAGUGUUGUUCCUUCUGGUGUGAAGAAUGUAUUGUAGGACACAACAUAAUGCGAGAAAAUAAAGACCACAGAACGCUAGCGCUGAAAGAUUUUCAAGAUCAAGACAUCAAGGCUGUUUUAGAGCGACCAGCAUUUUGUCAGAAGAAACACCAUGAAAACAAAGAGUUGGAGCUCUUUUGCAAGGACUGUAAAGUCGCCAUUUGUAGCGCUUGUGCCAUGACACUUCAUGAUAAUCAUGUCAAGAUGCUUUUGCAAGAAGCUACGGAUGCCCGCAAGACACAGAUCAAAUCCACUAUUAAAUCUUUGAAAGACAAAGCACUGGAAAAACGAAAGAAAGUGGAAGAAAUCAACCAAAAGAGCAUCGAACUUCAAUCGCAAGUAGCCGACGUAAAAAGCCAAGUGCAGUCUUUUGUAGACCAAAUUAUUGCAAUCAUCGAAGCGAGGAAACAGGAUGUUUUUGAAGUGAUUGAUAAUCAAGCGAAAAAAUCACUGGAAUCUCUCUCACAUAAAAAAGGCGAAGUGGACAAACAAGUGAAAUUAAUUGAAUCAGCAAUUGAACAAACUGAAACUCUGUUAAAACGAAACUUUAGCACUGAAAUCCUGGGAUUCAAUGAAACAUUUGAUACAAUCCUGCGGGAACAGAGCAGUCAAGAAAACCGUGACACUGAAUGUAUUCCUCGAUAUAGUUUCACUAAAAGUGAAAAACUGAUUAACCUUUUGAACAUGAGCGAGGGGAUAGGUAAUGUAGAAUUUGUUGUUAACGAACCUAAAGCGCAACAAUCGGGAACUAAAGGUAAAGAAAGUAGUAAAGUAAUUGCUGGGAAUAAAGGGGCAAAUGUUCGUGACAGUCCUCUUGAGACUCAGGUACAAACCAGGCGCUUCAGAUCUGUGCUGUCAUUUGGACAAAAAGGUGAGUUUGUUGGAAUGCUUAACGGGCCCUGGGGGAUGGCAGUGAAUGAUCGUGAUGAAAUUGCUGUGACUGGUGCCUUGAACAACAGUGUUUCAGUGUUUAGUAGUGACGGUACCCACUUAAGAUCGUUUGGUAGAUUCGGUAAGAAUAAUGGUGAGUUCAAGUUCCCUGCAGGGAUCGCUUUUGAUAGUCAUGGCAAUAUUGUAGUGGCAGACAGUAGUAACCACAGGGUGCAAGUCUUUGAUAGGAAUGGUAACUUUCUUAGUAUGUUUGGUGAACGAGGAAGUCGUGAUAAUCAGCUUAAAUACCCUUUAGGCUUAUCAAUAAACAAUAACGGUGAUAUUAUUGUUGCUGACAGAGAUAACAAAUUAAUCAAGAUAUUCUCUUCUACUGGGAAGUAUUUACGUAAAUUUGGUGGAGCAGGUUCUUUGGUCAGUUUUUCUCACUGUAUCCAACACGGUCAAUAUUUUAUAGUCUCAGAUUAUGGUGAUCAUUCCAUUAAAUUGUUUAAUCUUGAGGGAAAGUUUAUUUCUAAAUUUGGAAAACAGGGAAUCAAGGAUGGAGAGUUCAAUGAGCCCGGUUGCUUGUCAGUUAACAAAGAAGGAUUACUAAUGGUCUGUGAUAGAGGUAAUCACAGAGUUCAGGUAUUUGAACUGAGUGGAAAGUUUGUUACGAAGUUUGGAAGUGAAGGUAGUGAGAGAGGAGAGUUUAAGUUGCCAGUGUCAACAGCAAAUCUUAGUGAUGGAAAGAUAGUUGUGUGUGAUUUUAACAACAGCCUAAUCCAGGUUUUUGACAAGAUAUAAUUAUGAUCUUACCAGUGGUAUUAUUGUUGAAAAGUUCAAAUUGGGUAUCCAGAAUAAGAAACCGUAAUUUUUCGAAGAAUUAGCAGCAAUUCGAAGCAUUAGUUUGUCUCUUCUGUGAAUGUAACAAUAAAUGAUAAAAUCCUGGCUGUAAUAAUAGCUGAAAUGACAUUCAAAUUGUAAAUGUAUUUUGUAACCUUUUUUCAAAUGUACUGUAGUCUCAUCUAAUUGCCGAUUCUAGUUUAAUAAGGUGGUUCAAUUUUUUUGAGCGAUAAAAAUUGUUUUUUAAGUUGUACACCCUUUCAUUUUCUUUCCAGCAGUUGCUCGUUGUUAGCAAGUUUAUUUUUGGAGAUAUUAUUCCCGAGCCCUAGCACAAGUACCAAUUUUUUUCUCAACAGGUUCUUCAGGUCUGUUAGUUACAACAUAUAUUAACCGAACUGUAUUACGAUUUGUUGAAAAUGCAUUAAAGGAUAUUCAAACUAUAAAGAAUGUCUUUUUUGUUCAAAUUUAUCGUUGUCAAAGAGACCGUCAUGUGUUGAAGUUAAACGUAACGAUUUACUUCAUUCAAGUGUAAAUGUAUUUAGCAGGCGAGUCUAAUUGAGGACACUAUUUUUACAUCUCUACUCAGAGAAUGCACCAUCAUUUCUAUGACCAAUGAUCGUCUAGUCUGCACGUGUAGGUCUUCUGAGCAGUUUUCAGGACAGGGCAACACAGCGAACCCCUUUUAUUGACACCCUCUUAAUACAGACACCUCAUUUUUGCCCCUGGGGGAAAAAACGCCCUUACAUUUUCUCUUGAUUCAACCCCCUCAAUAAGGACACUUUCUAUGCCCCCCCCCCCACCCCCCCUCAGUGUCUGUAGUAACGGGGUUUGACUCAGUUCCUUAGUUAUUUUAAGACCCUCAGUAUUUGUCCGUUUCCGUGACUUCCCGCUCCUGCAGUCAAACGCUCUACAGGCUGAGUUAAUCUUUUAGUUCAAUUAAUGUAGACAUCUGUUAAAUCUACCAUAAACGCUUCAGUUUAGUGUAUGUACCACAAGCUGUACGCAAGUGUAGCCUGCGUAGCAAGCGCAUGAAGGAGAGGGGAGAAGAAGGACACGAGAGCAGAUAACUGUUUUCUCCUCUCCUCCAUGUCCUUAUCUCAUCUUACCCUAAAUCCUCUGUUAAGUCCCCCCUCUCUAAUAAGCCCUUUGCCUCUAGUAAGCUCAACCUUUUCAGGGGAAGAAAGUUAAUAACCUUCCCCCAUCUCUAUUAAGCCCAUCCCUCCUUCCCCUAAUUAUUUUUCACUGAUAAAUGAUAGACUGUACUAAUCAAUCAAGACCGUAAAACUUUGUGUGGGCUGAUCCGGGAUAGUUUAUUUACCAAGUGGUAGUUCGGAUUUGACUCUGAUCCUUGGCUGCAUGACCUUCAAACUUCUUGUUCUUCAGCUUCUCCUCUUUGUAUUCUAGUUCUUUAUGGAGAACUGAUAAGAUAGGGACAAGAGGAGGGGGAGAGGAGAGGAUUACAGAGGGGAUUAAGGAGACUCCUGCAAUAAGGAACCCUAUUUUGCUAAACACGACCGUUGGAACGUUUAUUACUGUUACCCUAGAGAAGCGUCCGCCUUGUAGAAAGUAGUGGGAGGGGACAACUUCAGUUGUCCAUUUUAAUGAGCUGUUAGUUUGCUUAAACAAUCACACACAGACAGCUAUGUGUCACCUGAUAAAGUAGCUCCCCGUGCGGAAUCAAAUUCUGAGCUGUGUUAAAAAAAACUGGAUUGAAACCAUUACUGAGCUUUGUCAUUAGGCUUCUUCUCUUCUUUCAUUCAAUUACUGUUGCAUUUUCCGUAGGUUUUAUUCAAGAACUCAAAUGCAUCUAACAGUGAGUGGCUUUUUCUAUUCAUGACAAGUUAAGUAAAGAAAAGAAACUUACCUCAAUGUGAACCUUUGUGGAACAGCUUUGUUCGAAGAGAUCGCCAAAUUUUGUGUACAGUAUUACGUAUGUGUUACUACACAGGCAACGGAAACGAAAACAAAGUUUGGAGCGCACUGGCCUUUUUGAGUGCGUUAAUGCUGGCCAGAAAACUGUCGGCAGCAGCUAAGAGCAUCGAGGAGUUAUUGGGUUGACCUUGUCUACUCUUCCUUCUCAUGUUUCCUCUUUAAUUUUGAGUUUGGACCAGUUUGGAACUUAUAGAGCUACACAAUUAACAGGUUAAGCCUGCAGUUUUUUUUUACCGUAUUUUCCAGCCAACGAAAUGAAAUUAACUUUUGACACUAAUUUAGACUGUUAGACAAACAUUACUUAGCUACAAAGGAAAUAAACAAGUAGCUACAGCCUAUUUCAAAUCAAACACUUCGAAAGGUAAGGACACUAUAUUAUUAUAUGCGACCAUUAUUUUUUGUUGAAGAUACUGCAGGAGAUGUGAAAGACGAUAACCACAUGACUACAAUGAUGAUGAUGAGAAUAGAAGUAAUGAUGAUGAUAUUGAUGGCUUUGACGAGGACAAUGACUCUAAAUCAGAGGUUGACCACAGGAAGAAAGUAAAUGAUGAGCCACAGAAACUGAAAAGCGUUGGACACUGCUGAAGAAGGGUCGCCUAAGAAGAAGGUUUGCUCUGAAUUCAUUUACAUUCCUACAAAUUCAAGUCUGACCUGGCAAAAAGUUGAAUGAAAAUGGUCUCAUGUAUUUGACAAGCUGACCGAAUUGGAAUAUUUGAAAUCCUUUUGCUAUUUUUUGGAUAUUUUUUUACAACGCUUGAAACACAUGGACGUGGACUGACAAUUUACCUCUCGGAAGACCUUGAAUAUCAAGGGAAACUCAAAAGAUUUAUUAUUGCGUAUCCUUUGAAAUACUUUUUUGUCUAAUUUAAUAAAAAUUGAGCUGGGAAAACGUGUAUCGCUUUAGACGACAGCGUACUGAACCACACGUUGCUGUGUUUCCUACCAAAAUAGGAUUCACAAUGUUUUGAAUCGGCACUCAGCUUGAAUUCAGCGGAUUUAUUCCAAAUUGGAAUCAGCCUCGCAUUGUGAAUCAGUGUUUCUUUAGGGAAGUAUUUGAAGAGAAAACUUUCUCGCAUGAAUGGCCAGCGGAAUGCAAAAUGUACAUGUUUCAGUACCAAACCAUGGUACAGCUACCACGGUAAAUUCGUCCAGUUUUCAUCCACUAUUUACCUUGAAUGUGAAUUCAGAACUGCAAAAAAACGCAGCAUAACCACCGCUUUUGCAAUUUUUCCCGCGCUUUUUAUCUGCUGCGCUAUACUAUCAUAAGCUUUGAUCUAUAAAACAGGACGAUUUUUUAACCAUUCUUAACAUGACUGGAUUUUAGUUAUGACGGAGAUUUGGCGAAGGAGUUGAAAAGACCAGUGCAACACGUAUUGUAAGCAACAAUAGGGUAAGCAGAUGAAAACUAAUUUGCGCACUUUUACUUUUUGUGGUAAGAUACGAGGCUGCGAAGAGCCGGGAUCGUAUGAGAAAUUGCAAAAAAAAUGAGACUAAAAAGAAAGAAAGAAAGAAAAACGGAAAAAAAAAUUGUAAAGAAGGUAGAGGGAAGAAACCCAAAAUACAAGCGUGUUUAAACUCACAAUUAUUAGAAAAGUUAAUAAUUGAAGUAAAAAAAACAAAACAAAACAAAAGAAAACAAUCAAAAACAAGUAAAAAAAGUUAUAUGUUUAACAAUGAAAGCCCGCUGAUCAAAACAUGCACUACCAGUCUGUUUUAGCCUGCGUUACAGCUGCCCACGCACUCGUCUGAAUCAUUUGUAUAGUCUCUACCGAAGGUUUAGAGCGUCUUCGACGAAAUCAAAUCUGUUUCUACUCGCUACUUUCACAUUUAUUACGUUUCAUGAUCCACAAAAAGUGUUGUGGGGCAAACAAAGUGUAUUUAUGUGAAAUAUGACAGUGGGAGAAUAGACUCUGUUCUUUCUUUUUGUCAUUGGAAACAAGGCUUUAUGAAUUGAUGAGCUGAAAUAUUUUAUUAGCGUUGUAACCAAUAACUAUUAAAAUGAAUGUUACGUAAUUAUAGAUUCAGUAUUUCGUCAAACGAAAAUAUGAUCGCUGAUAAUUGCUCCUUUGACCGAACAAUUGUAAUAAAAGUUUGAAAAAAGAAAUCAGAAUUAGUUUUAUACCGCCUUGUGAAUCUCAUCUCUUUUAAGAUUUUCAAUGCCAACUGUCUACUAAAAAAUAGACGAAGAAAAAACAACUUUUAAAAUUUUGUCCCCGAAUUCACGCCAUAAAAGACGAGGAGCUUCCUUCCUUCCGCUACCUUGGUCUUACUUGUAAGGAAAAACAGUCCCUGUUAUACUUCACUGCACUUUCAACCCCCUUGCGGUUGAAAGUCUAAGCUUGGCCCAAAGGCCCACAGAUACUAAUAAAGAUUUUAAUUGUAAAAAGUUUCUGCAACAGCCAUUUUUUUUGGAGGAUUUUGUUGGACAGUAUAUAUCGGUACAGGGGGCCCACACAAUCUAUUGUGUAGCCGAUUGUUAUUUUAUAGUAAAUGUAUUGGAUUUACCGUUUGAUUCACCUAUAGCGAUAUAUUGCUAACUAUGUAUUUAAAUCAAUGAUAAAUAAACGUUGAAUUACCUUACCUGUGGUGUAUAGUCGUCCUUUUGCCUCAAAAGCGGUUUUUUAAGCGAUUUUGGAUGAGUUUGAGUUCGCCGUUGACACAGUCUAGAGAAAAGAAGGUAGAGGAUAAGGAAAUGGGAUAGAGCUCCUUCAUUCUUAUAUUGCUCUCGCUCCGACUUCAGUCUUGACCACCUCGACGCGCGGAAAUGCUUGCCGACAAUUUAUCCAUGCUUCAAAGAGCUGAUUAACAAUUCUCGGAAAUAAAGCAUGAUUUUUAUUCUUCUGUCAAACCACCAAAACAUGUGAAGAAACUCUAUUUGAUUGGUUAAUAAUAUAAUACAGUGUUUUUUGUCUGGAUCACAAAACAAGACUUCAUUGUGCAUUUGCAAAGCCAUUCUCUUGAAGCUUCAAUCGCCAACAACUAGAGGCCAAAAUUUUUAAAAAGUAACCUUGUUCCCGACCUUUUCCAUGGAUAUAAAGACCUUGCUGGACAAUCUUCAUGAUGAAGUAUCUUGUUCUGUGUGUAUGUGUCCAUUCACUGAUCCAAAGCAGUUACCUUGUUUGCACAGUUUCUGUCUUCAUUGCCUGAACGGAAUUCAACGAACGAGCGGCGUCCGUGGUAAAAUUACAUGCCCCGAGUGCAGAAGACAGUUUCAGAUUUCUGGAAGUGGAACUCCCAGCGAACUUCCCACUAAUUUUCGAAUAAACAGCUUGCUAGAUGUCUUAGCAAUAAAAGAGUGCAGUACAGUCAACGUCAAAUGCAGAAACUGCGACAAACGAAGCGCCCAGACCUUAUAUUGCUUCCAGUGUUGUUCAUUCUGGUGUGAAGAAUGUAUUGUAGGACAUAACAUAAUGCGAGAAAAUAAAGAUCACAGAACGUUAGCGCUGAAAGAUUUUCAAGAUCAAGACAUCAAAGCUGUUUUAGAGCGACCAGCAUUUUGUCAGAAGAAACACCAUGAAAACAAAGAGUUGGAGUUCUUUUGCAAGGACUGUAAAGUCGCCAUUUGUAGCACUUGUGCUAUGACACUUCAUGAAGGUCAUGGUAAGAUGCCCUUGCAAGAAGCUACUGAUGAGCGCAAAACACAGAUCAACUCCGUGAUUCGAUCUUUGAAAGACAAAGUACGGGUAAAACAAAAUGAAGUCGAACAAUUCAACCAAAGAAGCAUCGCAUUUCAAUGGAAAGUAACCGAGGUAAAAAGCCAAGUGCAGUCUUGUGUAGACCAAAUUAUUGCAAUAGUCGAAGCGAGGAAACAAGAUGUUUUUGAUGCAGUCGAUAAUCAAGCGAAGAAAUUAUUGGAAUCUCUCUCACAGAAAAAAGAAGAAGUGGAAAAACAAUUAAAAAUAAUUGAAUCCGCAGUUGAACAAACUGAAACUCUGUUGAAACGAAGCUUUAGCACUGAAAUCCUUGGAUUCAGUGAAACAUUUGAUACAAUCCUGCAGGAACAGGGCACCCAAGAAAACCGUGACACUGAAUGUAUUCCUCGGUUUAGUUUCACUAAAAGUGAAAAACUGAUUAACCUGUUAAGCAUGAGCGAGGGCAUAGGUAAUGUAGAAUUUGUUUUUAGCGAAACUAAAGCGCAACAAUCAGGAGCUAAAGGUAAAGAAAGUAGUAAAGCAAUUGCUGGGAAUAAAGGGGCAAAUGUUCGUGACAGUCCUCUUGAGACUCAGGUACAAACCAGGCGCUUCAGAUCUGUGCUGUCAUUUGGACAAAAAGGUGCGGCUGUUGGAAUGUUUAACGCGCCCUAUGGGGUGGCAGUGAAUGAUCAUGAUGAAAUUGCUGUGACUGAUACCUGGAACCACAGGGUUUCAGUGUUUAGUAGUGACCGUACCCACUUAAGAUCGUUUGGUAGGAAGGGUCAGAAUAAUGGUGAGUUGCAUUGCCCUAAAGGGAUCGCUUUUGAUAGUCAUGGCAAUAUUGUAGUUGCAGACUCUUUUAACCACAGGGUGCAAGUCUUUGAUACGAAUGGUAACUUUCUUAGUAAGUUUGGUGAACAAGGAAGUGGUGAUAAUCAGCUUCAAUACCCUGAAGGUUUAUCAAUAAACGGUAACGGUGAUAUUAUUGUUGCUGAUACCGAUAACAAAUUAAUCAAGAUAUUCUCUUCUAGUGGGGAGUAUUUACGUAAAUUUGGUGGAGCAGGUUCUCCCUAUUGCUGUAUCCAGUACGGUCAACAUUUUAUAGUCUCAGAUGCUGGUGAUCAUUCGAUUAAAAUGUUUAAUCUGGAGGGAAAGUUUAUUUCUAAAUUUGGAAAACAGGGAAACAAGUAUGGAGAGUUCAAUAAGCCCCGUUACUUGUCAGUCAACAAAGAAGGAUUGCUAAUGGUCUGUGAUGCAGAAAAUCACAGAGUUCAGGUAUUUGAACUGAGUGGAAAGUUUGUUACAAAGUUUGGAAGUGAAGGUAGUGAGAGAGGAGAGUUCAGGUUUCCAAGGUCUUUAGCAAAUCUUAGUGAUGGAAGGAUAGUUGUGUGUGAAAUGAAUAACAACCGAAUCCAAGUGUUUGACAAGAUAUAA